AUGACAACAAUUAAUAUUAAUAGUCCUUUACAACAAGGAAGUAGUGAUGCUAUUGAUAUUUCAAAAGAUAGAAUCAAACUACGAGGCGAUGAUUUAAUACUUGAAAAUAAUAUGAAUCAUGGUUCUGGUUCAUCAUACACUGAUUUGGCAUCCAAGAUGCAGACUGUCGAUAUUGUCGGAGGAGGUAGUCAAACAAACACGGCACAUUCGAGCAACAGAUCUUCGGUAGACAGCACCAAUUCUUGCUUGUUGGACAAUUUUACACUGCCUUCUGACGUUGACCAGCAGGCUUCAUCACUGAUCAACAGAAAAGGAAUGAUCAAACUCAAUGUUGGUGGCGUGCUCUACUACACGUCUGUAUCGACUCUGUGCACCGACCCCACUUCCAUGUUUUCAUUGAUGUUUUCUGGAAGAUUCCCCAUUCAACGCGAAGAGGAUGGAUCUGUAUUUAUAGACCGUGACGGACGAUACUUUCACUACAUACUGAAUUGGCUGCGUAACAACAGUCUUCCACCAAUCAUAGACGAACUUGAGAAACAAUACGUAUUGGUGGAAGCACGCUUCUACCUUAUCACAGGACUGGUCGACCACCUUUCCACACCAGUACCCAAGAGCGACGCCGAGUUGUAUCCAAGUCGAUUCACACAAAAGGAGAUUAUCACACUCCUCAACCAAUGCCAUCCCGCACGUCCCAUCCAAUUGGCUUCGGCCGACAUUAGCGGACUUGAUCUCUCUGGAUUGAAUUUCAGAGGUUGUAAUCUACGCUUUGCAAAUCUCGAAGGUUCCAUUCUAAAAUAUUGUAAUCUAGCUGAAGCAAAUCUUCAAGAUGCUAAUCUUAAAAAAUGUGAUCUAAGAUAUUCUGAUUUAUCAUAUGGUAAUUUAAAAAGAGUACAACUACAAAAUGCGCAAUUACAAUAUUCAACAGUUGUAUCAUGUGAUUUAUCGGAUGCAGAAUUGACAGAGGCAUCAUUACAAAAUGCAGAUUUCCAAAAUUCAUUAUUAAGUGGUGCCAAUCUCCAAGGAGCCAAUCUACAAGACAUUAAUCUUAGUGGUGCCAAACUUCAAGGAACUUCCUUAUACAAGGCUGUAAAUGUACAAAGAGCUAAAGGAUUAAAAAGAUAA